AUGACAGACUACGAGGGCGAGCAGCAGAUGGAGGUGGAGGCUUUGGAGGCGAUUCUCAUGGACGAGUUUGAGAGGGUGGACGACACAUCAGGCCUGGGCAUGCCAUCGGAUAAACCAUGCUACCUAAUCACAAUAUCGCCCAAGGGGGACGACGAGGAAGAGACAACACCUUUCCCAGUGCGGCUGGCACUCUUCUUUGCCCACACGCCCACCUACCCUGAUGAGCCACCGCUACUCACCGUGCGAAGCCUACAAGGAGUGAGAGCCGUCGAUCUGGAGGAGAUUCGCAACAAGCUCAAGGAAGAGGCGGAGGCUAAUCUUGGGAUGGCAAUGAUGUACACUCUUGCCACGUCAGCCAAGGAGUGGCUGAGAGAGAAGUACGGAGGAGUGGAGGAGGAGGAAGAGGAGGAAGAGAAGGAGGAGGUGAUUGAGCCACACGGGCUGCCAGUGACAGUGGAGACAUUCACAGAGUGGCGAGAUCGGUUCGAGGCAGAGAUAGCCCUGGAGAAGGCCAAGUUGCUGUCAGAUGCGGCACUUGCAGCAUCCAAGGAGAAGCGGCUUACAGGCAGACAGUGGUUUGUCCAGAAAGCAAGCAAGGGAAUUGUGGUGGAUGAGGAGGAGGCAGCAGAGGAGGAGGAAGAGGAGAUCGAUUUUGAUGAUGAUGAUUUCGAUGAAGAUAUUGACGAGGAGGACAUGUUGGAUCAUUACCUUGCUGAAAAGAACCAAGCUUAG